AAUUGCAAAACGACAGGAUGGCUGGCCUUCAAUAAAUAUUUAAAAGAUGAAAAUGCGGUAAUCCCAUCAUAUACAACUGGCCCGCACCACAACGUGGAUAUCACUUGGUUAUAGUCGGCAAACAGGACUCCACUCUGGUUAAACAUGGAAGGAUUCGCGCUUGCUUUUAUCGUUCUAGCGUUCGUGUCAUUUCCCGCAGAUGCGAGUGACUUACAAGUGCUCUGCGAAGGCAAUGAUCUCUCAGGCUGGGUGAAAUGCGAAGAAAACCACGUUCUUCAUAUCGCUACGGCAAAGUAUGGAAGAGACAGCGAUAUAAUGUGCGAGGGUGUCAACAGCAGUGCCAUGUGUGGCAUGCACGAUGUCUACGACAUAAUCCGACCGGUUUGCGAAGGAAAGCAGAGAUGCGAUUCGUUUAUCGUGAACAGAGAGAACCUGGGAACGAUUGAGAAGUGCAAACAUGUGAACAUAUAUUUAAAAAUGUUCACUGGAUGCAUUCCUUUUUGCGAUUAGUAAAAACUGAAGAACCAGACGACAACAAACCACGGAGACCAAAAGUUGAGGAAAUAUCUAAAAACGGAGCAAGAUUUAUUGCAACCCAAGACGACACGACGAGAACAAAUGACGUACAAUUUAAACAAGAGUUGAAUGGAUCCAGCUGGUCUCGAUCCAUGGAGAGCAUCGUUUUAUUUGUGACAAUGUUGGCAAUUUUUUGCGGUUUUUAUUAACAAGAUUACAUUAUUAAAAUGAAUGCAGCAUGACAAUUUCUAGUUGAAUAUUAGUUUUGUUUAUAACAGUUAGGUAUAAGAGGCUAAGGCCAGUUUCAGACGUCGAACUUUUCAUGUUUCGAAUCGAAAUGCAAAUGAACUUAAACAAAGACUUUAGUUUAUUUGCAUUAGGUUCGGCGCAUGUAAACUUUGACGUCUGAAGCAGACCUAAAGGCCCUGUUACACGGUGCAAUUUUUCUUGCAACUUGCAAUGCAAUUCUACUUCUAAGAGAUGUAUAGUUAAUGUAUUUUUGGGGAUUAUAUACACUGAUUGUUAAUCAUUGCGUUAGCUUGUAUACGAAGCUAUAGGGUAUCUGUUAACACUUAAAUGUAGAGUGAUUGAAUGAAAUAAAUUGGUUUAAA